AUGGACGACGCACAGACCGCCUUCGCUGCCCAAUACGCCACUUAUCCCUUUGACCUGGAAAUGAUGAAGCGCUCUAUGGAACCCAUUGGUGGUCCCGAGGCCAAAAAGGCACGUUGGUCUCCUACAUCAGCCUUCUCGGGCCAGAACAACGGCUCUGGUGUCUCAAACAACUCUGCUCGCGAUGCGUUCGCCAACUAUGGCUACGGGCCUCAAGCCAGCAUCGCCCAACCCGCGUUCGCCAACUCCCAGGCCAACGGCGGGCAAUUCGCUGGCAGUCCCCUCUACUCGACUCCUUCCCUUACCGUCAACACACAGGCUAAUGGAAGCGUCAUCGGUGCCCAGCUCAGUCCUAACACUGCUGCCGCAUUCGCUCUCCAACAGCAGCAGCAGCAGCAGCAGCAACAGCAGCAACAGCAGGGCCCCCAAGGCAGCCCCAACGGCAACUAUAACCCCUUCAACGCUUACAACAUGCUUGGGAUGGGCAUGCCGGCAAUGAAUAUGCUCCAAGGAUUCCCCUACAACGGUCAGAUGGGGAACUUCGGCCAGCAAAGAAUGCCUUCCUUGAACCUCGCCAUCCCUAACGCCCAAGCUGCUGCCGCUGCCGCAUACUCCCCUGUGGCACUAACCGCCGCCAUGAACGCCUCAAACAAUGCCACUGGACGCACAGUUUACGUCGGAAAUCUGCCAGCGACCGCCUCCGUCGACGAAUUACUUAACCUCGUUCACUUCGGGCCCCUCGAGUCUAUCCGCGUUCUCCCCGAGAAGUCAUGUGUAUUCCUCUCCUUUUUGGACGGUGCCACCGCCGCGGCAUUCCAUGCCGAUGCCACUAUCAAGAAACUGUCGUUACACGGUCAGGAGUUGAAGAUUGGUUGGGGAAAGCCGUCCCCUGUCCCCGCUCAGGUCGCGCUGGCUAUCAGUCAGAGCAACGCGAGCAGGAACGUCUACCUCGGUGGAUUAGAUGAGAACAUGACGGAGGAAGGGCUCCGUGACGAGCUUAGCCGUUUCGGCUUGAUCGACCAGGUCAAGAUCGUGAGGGAUAAGAAUAUUGGGUUUGUUCACUUCUUAAGCAUCUCUAUUGCUACCAAGGUCGUUAACACACUGCCCACGGAGCCUUCGUGGGCCGGAAAGCGAGUUAAUUAUGGCAAGGAUCGUUGCGCCUACGUUCCAAAGUCCCAGCAAGUCGCCGCUCAGCAGGCUCAGGCAGCCGCUGCCCAGAGCCUCGUCGCCCAGCAAGCCAUGUCACCACAGCAAGCCAACUUCUCGGCAGCCUUCAACCCGUAUGGAGCUGCACCCUUCACCCCCGUCGACAUGAUGACUGCUAAUAACCUUGCCAACGGUAUGGGUGGCGUCCAGGCCAUGAACCGGACGGUGUACCUCGGCAACAUCCACCCCGAGACAACCACUGAGGAUCUGUGCAACGCUAUUCGUGGAGGUGUCCUGCAGAGCAUUAGAUACAUGCAGGAUAAGCAUAUUGCCUUCGUUACGUUUGUGGACCCGGCCGCCGCCUUCACGUUCUUCCAGGUAGCUUCGUACCAAGGUCUGACCUUGAACAACCGCCGCCUGAAGAUCGGCUGGGGCAAGAACUCGGGGCCGCUGCCUCCCGCUCUUGCUCUUGCGGUACAUUCUGGGGCAACCCGGAAUGUGUACAUCGGCAACGUGGAGGACUAUGAGACUUUCACGGAGGAGAGGCUCAAGCGUGAUUUCGGCGAGUAUGGCGACAUCGAGCUGGUCAACUUCCUCAAAGAGAAGAACUGCGCGUUCGUCAAUUUCACCAACAUUUCGAACGCCAUCAAGGCUAUUGAGGGCAUCAAGAACAAACCGGAGUACGCGAACCUCCGCAUCGCACAUGGCAAGGACAGGUGUGCGAACCCACCGCGCUCUGGCCCUCAAGGCGGCUCGGGUGGCAAGCGCAAUGUGAGCGGGGCCAAUGGACCCUCUGUAGAGGCUGCGGGUGUUGUGGGUGAUGGCGCUGGCGAUGAACUCGACCCGGCGCUGUUGAACGGAGAGGACGCGGGCGAAGUGCAGGCGAUGCACGUCGAUGGGCUUGAGCAUCAUGCCAAUGGUGUGACUGCUUGA